GACAGAAAAAGAAACGAACGACAAGAGAAGAGAAAAGAGAGAUUGAAAUUAUACCUACCAUUACCAAUAGGAGUGGAGAGGCUGAGGCUCAGCUGUCCCCGCGGUCAAACCUCUGACUUUGAAGUUUCAUCCACAUCGCAUUUAUCCCCCUCCACAGAGCCAUGUUCUUUGAAAAUUCUGCUCUCCAGAUGAAAACAACCCUCAUGAGGCGGAGCUGUUCCUCUCUGUACUUCUUAGAUAACUGAGCUGAACCUCACAACAACAGACUGCCAGCUUCAUCUCCCUGCUCCUCCCCUAUCACUUUUACUCUCUCUCCGGACUUCCAUCCAACUUUAGAUUUCUACCCAUCAAUCCCGUGGCUCUGGCUAGUUGGAUUCGCCCUCGAUUCAUCCCUUCUGUGCUCGUUCCAUAUUUCGUUCUAAUCAUCCUCGGCGUUUAUAUUUGUUACUUUCGUCAUCCCUUUUUGCCUUUCGUCCAAUCCCCGUUUUCGGUUGCUUAUCGGCUUUAGGAUCUGCGACUGCGAGGGAUAGGAUCUGCGACUGCGAGGGAUCUUGUGUGGCCAGUAGCUGCAACUUUACGCUUCCAAGUCUGACUUUGCUGCUGCAGUGUAUUCAUGGAUCCAAAUUUGCCUGCGAUUCGUAAUUCCCUGAACGGACAUCAACUGGCUGAUGGCACCGUCUUCUCUGAUACAAAUCAACACAGAAAUCUGGAAGAUGAAUGGAAUCCUGACGAAGACCACCAGACCGUUCUUAAUUUCUACCGUGAUAUUUUUCAUCAACCUCAUGUGGACCCACUUAGUUAUGCUCCGCACACAAGCUUGAUUUCUGAAGGAGCACCGCCGAAUCAAUCCUGGAGUGCGAGUCCCGUGGAAGGUGUGCCAGAUGUCCCGUAUUCAGCCGCGACUUCGGCUCCGGAUCCUUCUCUAGAAGAUUACGAUUUUUCAGAAACCAUCAAGUACAUGAGCCAAGUUCUUAUGGAGGAGAACUUGGAACAGAAGCCGUGCAUGUUUUAUGAUCCACUCAGUCUAAAACUCACUGAGAAAUCAUUUUAUGAUGCCCUUCGAUACAACCAACCUCUCUCUCCUAAUGAGCACCCUCUCCUUGACAUUGUUGAGAGCCCAGAUGCUCAUUCCUCUGGAACUGGUACUGAUUCUAGCGCCGGCGGUGGCGGCACCAGCACCAGCACAAGCACCAACGACUUAGAAUUAAGGCCCUCUUCGCCAGAGAACGCUGUUUUGGGGGAUUAUGCUUUCCAGUUCAAAUCGCAAUCCAUAUCUCAGCGGCCCUCACAACCUCCAAAUACUUCACUUAAUAUCAGUGACGGACUCCUGAAUUUGGAUUCUUCUAUUACUCAGCUUUUGGCUCAAAAUAUCUUUAGUGAUGCAGAAUCUGUCUCGCAAUUCAAUAGAGGUUUAGAGGAAGCUAGCAAAUUUCUUCCCAGAGGAGCUCAACUCGUCACUGGUCUGGAGAGCACCACAGUGUCUGUACAGUCAAAGGGGCUGGGAGAAAAGGCGGCGCUGAAAAUAGAGAAAGAUGCUAGGGAGAAUUCGCAUGGGUUAAAGGGUAGAAAGAAUCAUGACCGUGACGGUAGUGUUGAUGAAGAAGAAGGGAGAAGCAACAAGCAAUCAGCAGUGUAUGUCGAUGAGAGUGAAUUAUCGGAGAUGUUCGACAAAGUGUUGCUGAGUGUUGAGAAUGUUCCAUUCUGUGCUGAGUACGAAAGCUCGCACGGUGGAUCAGCGAAAGACAUGCCGCCAAGUGAGCAGGCUGUGGAAUCAUCUGAUGGAGGGAAGACACGCUCUAAGAAACAAGGCAGUAAGAAGGAAACGGUGGAUUUGAGGACACUUUUGGUGUUAUGUGCACAAGCCGUGUCUUCCAACGAUAGAAGGACUGCUCAUGAAUUGCUAAAACAGAUCAGGCAACAUUCUUCACACUUGGGGGAUGCAUCUCAGAGGGUGGCUCAUUAUUUUGCCAAUGGCCUUGAGGCACGUUUGGUAGGUGAUGGUGCUGGAACCCAGCUAUUUUAUACUUCUCUGAGCUCCAAGAGAAUCUCUGCUGCUGAGAUCUUGAAAGCUUAUCAAGUUUCAAUAUCUGCCGCACCUUUUAAGAAGUUCGCACAUUUCUUUGCAAUAAAGAUGAUUUUAAAAGCAGUCGAAAAGGCAGAAACCCUCCAUAUUGUUGAUUUUGGUAUCCUAUAUGGUUUCCAGUGGCCGAUGCUUAUCAAAUUUCUUUCAAAUAGAGCUGGUGGACCUCCCAAGCUACGCAUCACAGGAAUAGAAUUUCCCCAACCUGGCUUUCGUCCAGCAGAGAGAAUUGAGGAAACCGGUCGUCGUCUUGCUAACUAUUGCAGUCGUUUUAAUGUUCCCUUUGAGUACAAAGCUAUGGCAUCACAAAACUGGGAAACCAUCCAAAUUGAAGACCUUAAGAUUGAAAGGAAUGAGGUACUUGCUGUGAACUGUUUGGUGAGGUUUAAGAAUUUACUGGAUGAGACCAUUGAAGUGAACAGUCCUAGGAAUGCAACUCUAAAUCUAAUAAGGAAAAUGAAACCGGAUCUCUUUGUUCAAACCAUUCUUAAUGGAUCCUACAAUGCCCCUUUCUUCGUUACACGGUUCAGGGAGGCACUGUUCCAUUUCUCUGCGUUAUAUGAUAUGUUUGAUACUUUGAUACCCCGUGAAAACCCAUGGAGGUUGAUGCUUGAGAAAGAAAUUUAUGGUCGGGAGGCUAUGAACGUGGUGGCAUGUGAAGGACUAGAAAGGGUUGAGAGGCCUGAGACAUACAAACAAUGGCAGGCAAGAGUUGUAAGGGCAGGUUUCAAGCAGCUCCCACUGAAUAAGGAGCUCAUGGCCAAGUUCAGGGAAAAGAUGGCGGCAUGGUACCACAAAGAUUUUGUGUUCGAUGAAGACAACAACUGGAUGCUUCAGGGCUGGAAGGGACGCAUUUUGUACGCUUCCACUUGUUGGGUCCCAGCAUAAUGCGGUGUGGCCCUGGUCUGAACUUGUGUCACAACUCAUGUAACAGACUAUCAGGUCAUGAUAAAUCUUUUUAUUUAUAUCCAGCUCACUUGACCAUGAGUCUUGAUGAAAUUUCAACACAAGUUGGGAUCGUUAAUGCAUUGGGUGGUAAGAUUGUAAGAGUCGUUGUCGAAGAAGUGAGAUUUUUGGGAUGUAAUGCAAAAAUCCUCUAUGUAUGGAUAUAAAAAAGAAGGUGGGCAACUCCCUUGUGAGCAGGGGUUGCCCGUUUAACAUGUUUGGAGGAAUAUGGGCCAUUAAAAUUAGCCUUUGAAUAGUUGGCAGCGUCCAAGUCUGUCAUUUUUAAGUACUCUGUAUCCAAUUUUGACUGUAAGAUAACUUGUAAUUUUACAUGUCCUUACCAGACUUGGCUGUGUUUUGAGA